CAUGGAGGAAGUGAAGCAUUCGCAGUUUUUGACAAUUAUAUGUUUUGUCAUUGUGUUUAGCUGUGGCAUGGUGGCAGCCUUACCAGAACAGGGUGUUCUCACAGUCAAUAUGAAUAACAAAAACAAUAUCACUUCUAUAUCCAAGAUAAUGUACAAUAGCACAAAGAUAUAUGUUAAAGUUACACCAAAUCCUGACAAAGGGAAUAUUGCAUCAGAACUUACAGUAAAAUGGAUGCUACGAUAUUCAAGGUGUAUGGAGGAAUACAUGAUGAUCAAUGAACCGAAUCAGAUGAACAGUUUUCUACAACAUCCUGAAAUUCAAUGGCUCUCUGGAAUGCCUUACAACUGGACAGAAUAUAAAACCAAUUCAGCAAUACUUAAAAGCAACCACUGGGAUCUUGGUGACCACAGAAAGGAUGAAAUGACAGGAGAGUCAAUGCAACAGUAUCCCCCUAUUAAUAGAAAUAAGCGGGAUACAGGAAAACCAGCUGCUGUUCAAACUAAACUAACAACACAGCAGUCACCCAUCAAAGCACCUACUACAGUACAUACACAACCAGAACAUGCCACGAAAUCACCUUUACUUGAUACUUGGAGAGAUGGACCAUACAUAUUUAUACUGCAAGUGGAAAGUAAAGAAAAAUUUGAUAUUGAUGUUGUAAUUAAGAUGGAAGGGAAACACCAGUAUAUUUCAGCAGUAGACUGGCCCCUUCUUAUUUUCUAUGGUGUAAUGGGUAUAGUGUACAUCAUGUAUGGACUGGUGUGGCUGGUACUAUUGGCUUGUAGCUGGAGAGAUUUACUAAGAAUUCAGUUUUGGGUUGGUGGUGUUAUAUUAUUAGGAAUGUUAGAAAAAGCUGUGUUCUAUGGAGAAUAUCAGAGUGUUUCCAGUACAGGAAAGUCAGUUCCUGGUGCUAUAGUAUUUGCUGAGUUAGUUUCCUGUGUGAAAAGAGCAUUGGCUAGAAUGUUAGUGAUCAUUGUCAGUCUGGGAUUUGGUAUAGUGAAACCAAGACUUGGAGCAGCUUUUCACAAAGUUCUGUUUGUUGGUGGUGUUUAUUUUAUCAGCAGUUCCAUUGAAGGUUGCUAUAGAGCAUUAAAUCCAACUCAAGUUAACAAUUCAACAUUACUGAUCCUGAACAUUCCCCUGGCAGUAGUAGAUGCUGUUAUUUGCUGGUGGAUAUUCUCAAGUUUAGUCCAAACCACUAGAACUUUAAGAUUGAGAAGAAAUGUAGUAAAAUUAUCUUUGUACAGACAUUUUACUAAUCUUCUUAUAUUUGCAGUUUUAUCUUCAGUGAUAUUUAUGUUGUGGUCCCUUGUUACCCAUAAAUUAAAGAAAUGUAUUACAGACUGGGAAGAGAUUUGGAUAGAUGAUGCAUUCUGGCAUCUUCUGUUUUCUGUAAUUCUUCUGGUUAUGAUGUUUCUGUGGAGACCAUCAGCAAACAGUCAAAGAUAUGCAUUUUCUCCAUUAUUGGAUGCUGAUGAGGAUGAAGAGGAUGAAACAUCAAUGAAUGAUGCUUUUGAUGGCAUGAAGAUGAGAAAUUCUAAACAAUCAAAUGGGUCUCCUAAACAGAGAAAUAAUCCUGAUGAUGACUUGAAGUGGGUUGAAGAAAAUAUUCCAUCAUCCAUAACUGAUAAGGUGUUACCAAGUUUAUUGGAUUCUGAUGAAGAAAUAAUGACAACAAAAUAUGAAGCCAACAAGAUGCAGUGAGAAGCUUUUCAAGAAUUUGCCAUUGAACCAAGGACAAUUUUAUGUUAAGUUUCUAUCCAUUUGCCGAAGCUUUUCUCUCAUUCUAUAAAUAUUGAUAAAAAGGUAGUUAGUGCUUUUACUGUUUAUUGAAAUUAGAAUAUUAGUUAGAAAGCUGCCUUGCAGAAUGUGAAACAAAAAUUCAGGAUAAACACAUUCCAUAUUAUGUCAAGAGUAUAAACAUUGCAAUAUUAUAUUAAAGUUCUUGAAGUAAAAACAAUACUCUAUUGCAAUAAAUAUUGCUUUACUUUGUAAUUGAUGCCUGUGAUGUUGCAAAUGCUUUGACAAAAAGUUUUUCAACAGCUUUGCAAGAUAAAAUUAUUUGUAAAUUGUAAUUGAGAAAAUGUACGUGAAUAGCAGAAAUAUAUACAUGUAUUCUAAAACCAAAACAAAUUUGUUCUAUACAUCUAGCAGACAUAAAAAGGAUAUGCAGCAGACAGAGAAAAUGCCUUCCUUUACACAUAGUAAUGCAAAAUUGUAAAGAUGUCUGAAACUUAUUUAAAAUUUUAUGACAAGAGCAAAUAUGAAAACAUUCUUUUUUAAAAAAAAAAAUCCCCAUUUAACUCAUUAGGCCACACCAAAUAAAUUUUAGUUUAACUUCAAACUUGUGAAGAGUGAGUGAACAAUACUUUUUUUCUGAAUGAAAUAAUUAAUCACCAUCUUUAAAAAAAGGUUGAACAAAAAACACACUUUAUUUUCUUCUAUUUAAUUUUUAACAUUGAGAUUCCAGAUUAUAUAUAUAUAUAAUAAAAAAAUAGAUAAAAAAUACUAGUUGAGGAAUAAGAAUUAUCCAUCCGGUAAAUAGGAAUUGAAUUGAAUUAUAAGAAGUUUGAUGAACUAGCAGUGCAAAAAAAUGAUAAAUAAAAAUAAUGUGGCCUAAUAACAUGAAUAACUAAAUCUUCAUUUUUUCUAGGUUAAGGCCUGAAUAUUUAAUGUAUUAUAAUAGAAUAACUAAUUGUAUUUGAUGAAUAUGUCAGAGUGACAAAUUCUUCUUCUUUUUUUUUUGGCUUUAUCAUUUGAUUGUCAUAUGGCAAGUGAUGUACGUUGUUUGUUGUGAGUUUGUAUUUAUUGGUGGAUAAAGAUUAUAUUAUUUGUUGAUGUUAAAGAUUAAUAUUAUUAUUACAAUGGGACAAUUUGCUAUAUAUGUGUGUCUGUAUGAGGCUCUGUUAUUAAUUGUGAUGUGAUAGUAGAGUUAGCUGUGCGUGUGUGUGUUUGGGUUAAAUUUAGAAUGAAAGAAUAUUAUAUAAGUAUUCAUGUGAGAAAUAUUACAUUAUAUUGCCAUUUAAUAAUUAUAUAAGUAUAAACAAAACAUUGACUUUGGUCGUAGGUUAGAAAAAUAAUGCUUUUAUAUAUGUAGUCUAGAUUCUUAUGUCUGAUCUUUUGAAAUAUAGGCUAAAGUAAGACAAGUUGUCUUAAACUUCACUUUUAGAUUUAAAAAUGUAGACACUUAAAAUUUGACAUUGUGAAUAAUUAUUGAGGCAAAAACUUGCAUAGAAUUUUGCUACAAGCAACAUUGCUCAAAUUGAUGGACAAACAUAAAUCGUACUAGUGCAUCAUUGAAAAAAGUGAUUAAAAAUACUAUAAACAAUUCUCCACAGUAUAUAAAAAUAAAAAUGAAUAUGCAUGAUUUUCUUUAAAAUUCUUGUGAUGUGAAUCAAGUUCCUGUAAAAAUUUUGGAAAUUUUUCAUAUUUACUUUUCACAAAUAUUCAGUUUUAUUGUGCAGCAUUUAGUGUUUAGUUAUUGAUGGGUAAAAAUAUGGUAUGUUGUCAUACAUGAUGUUGAAUGGUUCAAAUUUUUUUUUAAAUAUGCAAUACAGCAUGUAUCAAACAUAAAAAAAACAGUCACAGAAGGUAAUAGCUUUUUUAUUAGGAUUGUUGGUUGAACUACAAUGUAUGUUCACUUUGUUUGUUAUUUCAGAGUUAUAGGAUUUUAAAUGUAUAAAAUAUAGGUGAUAUUUCAUACAUGUAUAUCUCCAAAUUACUGAAGUUUGUUUUCACGGUUUUGGACUAGUUUAAGAGGGUUUUUUGUGGUCACUUUUACUGGCAAAUAUUUUGAUGUUUUCACUUUUCUGUAUCUUCAUCUCUCUUACAGCUGUCAGGAUCUUUAAUUGAGAAACAAACAUUUUUCUACACAGACAUUUUUGUACCACAAGUCUAAGCAAGUCAUGUUUUAUAUUCAGUAUUUAUUAAUGUCUGUUCAUUUGAGGUUUUGAACCGUUACCCAUGUUUAAAAGAUUAUUAUAAAUAAACAAGAUGUUGUAUUCAUCAAUAAAGCAAACCAAUAACAGAUGAGUAGCUACGGGUCAAAUAAUGCCUUCAACAAACACUUUUUAUACUAAUGUCAAUCUCCGCCCGGGAUUUUAAGACAGACUUUGACAAGGUUUUUGACUUGAGACUCGCACAACAUCAUGUGCCGGUCUAUUAAUGUUCUGAACUGACAUACAGAAAUGCCUUGUCCUUAGUAAAUUAAACAUUAUAUUUUCUUCACUUUUAAUGAAACCAAAGGUAAAAAUAGAAUUACAUUUUUUAAUAAGAGACAAACCAGUUAUGUUUUCUUAUUUUUCAUAUUCCUUGUUGUGAUGUUAAUUUUGUUUAAUGGGUAAUAAUUGAUAUAUAUUUACUUAUAGAAUUCUAUUAUCAUUAUCAUGUAACAUUAUUCUGUUUGGAGAUGAGCAGUACAUAUGUUAUAUCAUAUCUAUAUCAUUUAAUGUUGUGUAUUAUUUAUGAGGGUAUAAUUCCCAGCACAAAGUGCUAUCUAUUGUAUUAUACUGUACAUAUCUGCUCAUUAAACACAUGUCUAAAAUGUA